AUGACCUCUCUCUGUAGCCGCAGCGUUCACAUCUUUUGUCAUGUGGAGGGCUGCACGGACUGGUCGGUGGACUACAAAAAGUACCAGGCACUGCUUGGAGAGCCGGUGCGGAUCCGCUGCGCCCUGUUCUACGGCUACAUCCGAGCUAACUACAGCCUGGCCCAGAGCGCGGGCCUCAGCCUCAUGUGGUACAAGAGCACUGGACACGGGGACUUCGAGGAGCCCAUCAGCUUUGACGGGACGCGCAUGAGCAAAGAGGAGGACGCAAUCUGGUUCAGACCGGCCGAACUGGAGGACGUGGGCUACUACUCUUGUGUGCUGAGAAACUCCACAUACUGCAUGAAGGUGUCCAUGUCCCUAAACGUGGCGGAGAACGACACGGACGUCUGCUACAACUCCAAGAUGAGGUCGUACGAAAAGGCAGAGCUGAGCAAGAGCAAGAACAUCUCCUGCCCGGGGAUCGAAGAGUACAUCCAGGCCGGAACUGAACCAGACAUCACCUGGUACAAGGAGUGUAAGCCACAGCAGUGGAGAGCCAGCAUUGAGACCAAGGACAGUCUGUACAUCAGGGAGGUGCGAGAGGAGGACACCGGGAACUACACAUGUGAACUCACUCUGGGGGCCUUCGUGGUGCGCAAAACCACCCAGCUCUCCGUCACCGGUAAGUCCACAGCGAUACGCCUACUUCUGCUGCAUCAGCUGGUAAAGGUCUAA